CAUCACCGACCUUAUAUCCUCCCCUGUCCUUUCCUGUAGCACUUGUUUCGUCUCUUCUCAUUGUCUCCACAUCAUACCCAAGCCCACAAGUCAACGACGUCCUUGUCUGCAUCACCUCACCUACGCUCGUUGUGCCGGACUACUCGCUUCCCCGAUUCACGACACACCUUCCUGCCUCUGCGACCUUUGACGAGAUGGGAGCCCCCCAUGAGCAGCACAGCUCAAGGCCUGCUGCAGUUCCAGUUGUGCUACGCGCUGCAGAAAGCUCCAGCAAGAGAUAUAUCACAGUACUGCCGCCCACACUGGAUGCUCUACUGCUCAAGGCUCGCUCCCUGUUUCCAGUUCCACCCGGCAACACGCCCUACAUCACACUGGACCAAGAUGAACAGACGGUGAUCCUGGAAGACGCCCUACCCUUCCUACGCGAACGCGAGGUCCUCGUCUUCCGAUGGAGUCCAGACACUCCACGCAAAUCUCACGGGAAAAGCGUCAAGUGGGACAGCAGUGUUGCCGAUGCUCAGAAGAGUGCAGGUAGCUCGACUCCCUCCAGCUCCAGCUCGCGUUCCAACAGGGCUGGAGCGCCGACUUCGACAGCUGAUGCACAAGCUGCGGGACCGUCCUCUAUUGCCGGAGGAUCCACAAGGUCAGCAUCGACUUCAUCGACCACAUCAAGUCCACAGACGCAGCUUACACAGGCUCAGCAACAUCGCGCUGCUCACGCGCGACGCGUUCUAGAGGAACAAAGGCGAAUUCAGGAAGAGGAGCAAGCAGAAGCCGCUCGUCAGAAGGCAGAGGAGGAGGAAGAGAGACGGCUCGCUGAAGAAGUAGGAGCUGAAGAGCGACGAAAAGCUGAACAGGCCAGGAAGGAUGAGGAGGAGAGGGCUGCCGAGGAGGCGAAGAGGAAAGAAGAGGAAGCAUUGGCUCAGCGGGCUCGACUCGCCGAACAGCAGGAGCAAGAGCGCUUAGCGGCUGAGCAGCAGGUGAAGGAGAUGGAGCAGAGCUCUGAUCAACAGACGGGCGAAGCUCACAGCUUUGGAGCUGCGACGCCUUCACGACAGCAAGAGCAAUCUCUCGACACAAGGGUACUCUCGCCCACUGAUCUCGAAGCAUCGGGAUCGAGCCCUCCUCCAUACUCCUCUCCACGUAAGCCUGCUCUCGAGCGCGAGGUCACGCCAACAAUUCAAGACGACAACGACGAGGACCACAUUCAGUCAUCCCCUCUAGUGGCUAGCCCGACUCGGGAGGUGCACGCCGCUGUCGCCAAGGCUUCGAUGAGUCCUCACGGAGACAAGCUCGUCGCUGGCAGGAGUCCCGUUAGCGUUAGAUGCAUCGAGGACGAGGGUGCGGAACAAGAGACUACAGUCCACGACAUCGUGAUGCAAGACAGUGUCAGGGAGGAGCAGGCGCAAUGCGGUGUCGAGCCCAUCUCCCUCACCACCGAAACCAGCGUAGCCGCAGAUAUGGCCACGGGGACACCCGCCGACGAGCCUGCAGUGGCUGUAGAUGCUCCCAUGGACUCGACUGUUGCACAGGGCAAGGCCGAAGAGCUCACUAACAAGUCAUUGCCCGCUUCCCCUGUCCAGGAUGCAGCACGAGCACAGGUGGUAGAGCAGACUGAUGCAGUAUACAAAACAAUGCGGUCCGUUGUGGACAACCUCCGCAAUCACCCCGGCAACACUGCCUUUAGGGAUCCGAUGCCGCUCGACUACGCCUCCUUUGCCGAGUCGAGUCCUGACGGACGAGGACCGAUCGAUUUGUACAUCAUCCUCUCCCGGAUCACCAAGCGAGAGUACGGUGCCAGCGACGCUUCGCCCGGCCCUCUCGAGGCCUUCACCUCGGACCUGAAGAGGAUGUGGUCUCUGGCCCGCUCGUUCUAUGGACCAAAGUCGCCACAGGGCCAAUGUGCUGCCCUCUUGGAACGAUUCGCAGAGGUAGUCAUUGCUGAGUGGAAGCUUAGACCAGCACAUGCUAUCAAGUCGACUCCGACGCACGAUGCCGCCGGACGAGGUGUCGCAAACGUGUCUGGAGGCAAGAACAGCAAGUCUGGCAAACAUGGUGGUGCAGCUGAUGACAAGGAGGCCGCUAGGAGGAAGGCUGCAGCGCUCAUGGCAUCCUGGAACAGCAGCAUUGGCGCUGCUGCCAUGGGGGCCAGUCCCACCUCGCGAGGAGAGAAGCGGGGUAUCAAUGGUGGCGACGAAGAUGUCUUCAACUCUCGGCUGGCUGGCGGUAGGGCCCUGCCUUUCCAGCGGAGACCUGCGAAGCAGCAGCGCACCAAUAGCUCGUCAGGGGAGAAGGCGGUAGACAUGAUGGCCUUCCACCGAGCUAUUAUGGGCGAGAAGGCGCCUCUCCCUGGCAAUGUCGCUACAGCUGUGCCAGUUGCUGUGCCGGUUGAAGUCGUUGUACCUCGCAGCGAGAGGCAGCAAAUCGCCCCUGUUGAGGAGGAGGCUGAGAAGGAGAACACCUCCCCAAUUCCUAGCCCCAUUGCACCAGCAAGCAAGGAGAUGAUCGUCGAAGAGCAAGCAAGGGACGAGGAGCAAGAAGUCGCGCCUAUCGUUGUGGCAGAUGACACUGUCGAAAGUCACCAUCGCUUCAUCUCGACCACAAAGGAGGCGCAACCCUACUCGAUCUUCAGGCAUCAUCGAAUCGCCGCGUCCACUCGUCGUGGGCAAGUCAACGGUGACGGACAAGGCGAACAAGAGGACUCGAAGGGGGGCUCAAAUGGAGGUACAGGAGGUGCAAGAAGCGGCUGCACAGCCCGCUGUUGCCGAUGGGCCCUCUGAGGUCGUUGCAGUUACCGUGGAGCAGGAGUCAAACGCGAUGGAAGUCGAUGUCGUUGCCCCUACAGAGGCGGAGAUGUCCGCCCCGCUCGAGGCUCAAGAGGUCCUGACAAUGGCAGCAGAGUGUGAGCAAGUUCCUCAAGCAUCCCAAGCAGCCGCAGCAGAGCCCGAUUCCCUGGCGGUCGCAGAAGUAGAAGCGGCAAUCGCAGCAGCGACGGCGACGGCGACGGAGGUGGAGGCGAAGACGGAACCGGUGGCAGUGUCAGCAGCGGCAGCUACACACC